ACCAGUGAGUUAAUAUUUUUUGUUUAUCUUUCAUUGAGCAACAAUCAUCAUUUAAAUCAUUUCUAUUUAUUAAAAUCAUCAUUAAUUGGGUUAAUUAGAAUAGUGUAUUAAUCUUUUAACUCAAUUUCUCCAUUGUAAGGAUGACAUUUUUAAUGAGAAAAAAGAAGUAUAAAUUUGUUGUGUCAUUUACCUUGGAAGAAUUGAGUUCAGUUCCAUUUGUAACUGGACAGAUUUUUGUUAAAUGUCGCCUUCUCGAAGGAGGAUCGUUCCAUUAUAUUUCUCCUAGGGAAGAAGUAAAAGACCAUAAAGUUAAAUGGAACUCUAAAUUUGAUUUCAAUUGUAAAAUGAGUGCAAACCCAUCUAACGGUAUUCUUGACUCGACUCUCCUUCGAUUAUCUGUUCGUAAGGAAGUCAAAGGAGGUCGCUCAUCUCAAAAGCUUGGUUUUGUUGAACUGGAUUUAGCAGAAUUUGCAGGCUCCGGACAGAUAACCAAAAGAUACCUUUUGGAAGGAUAUGACAACAAAAAUUCUAGACAAGAUAAUUCAACCCUUAAAGUGACUAUUGAGAUGACCCUUCUAUGUGGUGAUCCUUUAUUUAAAAGACCAUUAUCAUCAACGAUGCCACUUUAUCCUCCACUUUAUCGUAAUGAUUCACUGUCCGAGGUAACAACCAACAUUUUGGUUGGAAGUGGUGGCGGUGGUAGAGGAGAUAAAACAAACAGUCUAGAUGGUGAUGGUUUAUCAUCAUUAGCCGACGGUUGUCCUAAUAGUGCCAUAGAUGAUGAAACAUCAACACAAUUAAAAUUAGAUAUUAGGGAUAUACCGUUAGAUAAUGAUUGCUAUUCAACGCGUAUAGAUUCUGUUCAAUUAAUCAAUCAAUUAGUCGAAGAAACCAAUUUGGAAAGGUUUAAUAGUCCAGAUGAUCAAGAAAUUGGUUUAAAAUUAAUUGUAUCCAAAGAUGGAACCACUUCCCUUGCCUCUGGAACUUAAAUCUCAACAACAACAAAACAACAAAACAAAACAAUUUUCUGGUCCCAGAGACUAUGGUUAUGGCCUCAUCAUCAUCACCACCAUUAUCACCGAUAUCAUCAUGAAAUCCACCACCACCACCACCUCCACCAAACAUCAUCACUAUCAUCUUCAUCUUCAUCAACUACCAUGCUCAUCGUUGGAAAAAAGAAUCAAGAAAAAAGAGAAAGAAAAAAAGAAAGUAAAAUAUCAAGCAAAUGGACAGAGAAACCUUGAAGAAGAUCAUUCGUCAUUAUGUCCGCUUAUCAUCUUUGUAGGUUUUAUAUGUGUUGUUGAUUGUAUCACUAUUAUUAUUAUUAUUAAUAUUAUUACAAGAAAAAAUUAUUAUUAUUAAUUGUAUCUUAAUAUAUAUCUCAAUGUGUUAUAUUAAGAAAUGAAAAACGAAACUCAAUUGAAAGUCUAUAAGAAAAUAAAAGCAAAAUGUAAAGA